AUGGGAAAUGCCUCUGAAACAUUUCUGCUCGUGUCCAGAAUAUCCAAAGAGCACGACUUCCUCAUGGGAACCAUCUACAUCAUUUUUGGUGUGCUGUCGUUGCUCGGCAACGGCAUCCUGCUGUUCGUGGCCUACAGGAAGAAGUCUUUCCUGAAGCCGGCCGAGUUCUUCGUGGUGAACCUGGCCAUCAGCGACCUGGGCAUGACCAUGACCCUGUUCCCGCUGGCCAUCCCCUCGGCCUUCACUCACAUGUGGCUGUUCAACCAGACGACCUGCUACGUUUACGCCUUCUGUGGCGUCCUGUUCGGCCUGAGCAGCCUGACCAACCUCACGGUGCUCUCCAGCGUCUGCUGGCUGAAGGUCUGCUGCCCGAACUACGGUAACAAGUUCUCCUUCAGCCACGCCUGCCUCCUGGUGGCCGGGGUGUGGUGCUACGCCGCGGUGUUUGCCGUGGGCCCGCUGUCGGGCUGGGGGGAGUACGGCGCCGAGCCGUACGGCACGGCGUGCUGCAUCAACUGGGAGGCGCCGAGCCGCAGCCCGGUGGCCAUGAGCUACAUCGUGUGCCUCUUCUUCUUCUGCUACGCAGUGCCGUGCACCGUCAUCUUCCUGUCCUACGCCUUCAUCCUGCUGACGGUGCGCGGCUCCCGGCAGGCGGUGCAGCAGCACGUGUCCCCGCAGAACAAGGUCACCAACGCCCACGCGCUCAUCGUCAAGCUCUCCGUGGCGGUCUGCAUCGGUUUCCUGAUGGCGUGGAGUCCGUACGCCAUCGUGUCCAUGUGGGCGGCGUUCGGGAACCCGACAGCCGUGCCCCCCAUGGCCUUUGCCCUGGCGGCCAUCUUCGCCAAGUCCUCCACCCUCUACAACCCGAUCGUCUACCUGGUCUUCAAGCCCAACUUCCGCAAGUUCCUGUGCCGGGACGUGGCCCUGUGCCAGAGGACGGUCUGCGGCUGCCUCUUCCCGGGCGCCGCGGCGCACAAGGGAACCUGCGUGCCGCCGCAUCACGGCGACGAGUGCAACUCCACGAGGUUCUCCAACGGGCUGCCGGAGAACCACGCGGCCUGCAGACACUGUCCCUGCCCGGAGAGAGCGGGCAGAACCCCGGAGAACCUUGCGGCGCACAGCCCCCGGCAGACUGCCAGGGUACUGAAGGGAUCCAUGAACAGGGAGGUGGCGGUCAGUCAGCUGUCCAACGAGCUGCAGAGCGACUUCCUGUAG